AUGACUGCUGAUCAAAAUCAGAGUCAAAUCCCUCCUAAGCCACCGGAUGUUUCCCUUAUUUCCAUCACAACCCCCAAGAUUUCUUUAAAUCCUUUAACCCAGUCAACAUCGGCACACUUUACCGAUACUGUUCAGAAUGGGGCAAAAGCUUCAACAACGUUGCAAGAUGUCACAAAGAACUCUUGUAUGCCUCCUACAAACCCGAAUCUACAAUCUACAACAGAUAUUGCAAAAAUCCUUCCACAAUCGGUGCAAUUGUCCGAGUUAGGGCAGAUGGUGCAAAUGCUUCAGGAUCGCAACAGCACUGUUGUAAGUUCUGAGGCAAAAAACAAGGAGGAUUUGGUUACUGUAACACCGGAUGAGGAGAGGUUACAGGGCGCAGAAAAGGAGAAAGAAAUGUCAUUAAUGGAGGUAUCUCCCGAAAGAGGUGAAAAGGGUAUACAGAACGGUAUGGAUAAUGCUCUAUUUUCUCAACCUCAGGCGGAAGGGUCUAAAGAGGUGCAACAGAUGGCAGGUACAGUAAUGUGCUCGUUAAAUAAACAAUCUCAUUCACCUACCUCAUCUUCUUUCUUUGUGGAUCAUCUGUAUGAGCUAAGAGGCAGACAAAAUUACACCGUGGAUGACGAAAGUGGACUCAGGAGGGAUAAAGAACCACCAGACAGGGGCUUUUACUCUGAUCAAGAAAGCUCAAAAAAUUGGGCUGAUUCAAGUGAAGAUGCCACUGUAAAUGAAGAUCAAGGAAUUAUCUUGCUAAACCAAACAACAGUGAACUACUCCGACUGCAGUACUGGGCAUAGUCCCAGAGAGAAAAAUAUGUGGCUUUUAUGGAAUGAUAACUUGGAAGUUAAGAGCAUGCUGCACUUUGAACAAGCUAUGACCGUGUCAGUCUCCUACCAGGGAGCUGAUCCAGUGUUAGUUACGGUGGUGUAUGGUUGUUGUGACUUACUUGUUAAGGAGGCCCUUGUGGGGACACUUACAGCUGGGGAUCGUGGCUCAUUUUGUUGCUACAGCUGGUUUUAUCAGACUUUAUCUUUGGUAAACAUUGAAGGCUUUCCACGGUUCUGCUCAGAGGGUUUUCAGCUGGAUUUCCAGCUGCUUUCUUGUCGCUGCUGCUGGCCACCUCUGGUCUCUUUUUCUUCAGCUGGUUUUGCUGAUUUUCUCAUGGUCUCUCAGCGGUUCUUUCAUCUGCUUGACGCUGGCUAUUGGUCUGCUGCUGUGGGUUUCUCUGUUGCUGCUUCCUUCGGCAGUCAGCUGGGGAUUUGUUCUCAGCGGGCUCUCAGUUGCUGUGUUGGUUCUGGGCUUAUGUUCAUUCCUCAUGGUUUUCAUCAUCUCGCAGUUGCUGUCUCUUGGGUUUCCAGCUUUCCUCCAGCUGAAUUUUCUGGAUCUUCAGCUGGACUCUCAGCUGGCUUUUGCUGGCCUUCAUGUCCCAUUUUAUGUCCUUUUUUUUUUGAUGGUUUAUUCCUUGUUUUUGUUAAAGCCCGGCUUCCUUGCUUCUUGUAA